AUGUGUCGAGAAAUAACGACGACGGGCAACUUGUGGAAGGGUUUUAAGAUCAAGCCGAAAGACCCGAGGCACUUCAAUCCGAAGUCGCAGAAAAAGCAGAUCAACGUAUGGAUCGGGAUGUCUAUCGCUGAUUUGGCAUCUUCAAUGGAUCGCACGAUCGACCACGUUUUUGAUUGCCUGUUGCACACAGAAUAUGCGGACCUGUACGAGUCUCCAGACGAGACGAUCGAAGACAUGAAACUAAUUGUGCGGAUCGCUCAACUGAGUGGAAUGCGGUGCAACGUCGUCGCGCGUCCGUCAAAAGUCUCCAUGGCAGACAUGCUGAAUAAUCGCGACCGAGACGCCUAUCCGAGGCCUCCGAUCGACAAAGCCCUCAUGAAACCACGAUCACCUGUCGUCACCAUUAUGGGCCAUGUCGAUCAUGGCAAAACGACGCUUUUGGAUUCUUUAAGGCAUUCGCGUAUUGUUGAUCAAGAAUUCGGUGCCAUAACGCAGCACAUCGGUGCUUUCGUUGUGUUUUCUAAAUUAUGCGUAGAUCAUACUUGUGUUUUAUUAAAGUUCUGUUUAGUUAAAUUACCCAAUAGUAAUUCGGUGAUAACUUUCCUCGAUACCCCUGGACAUGCAGCGUUCAAAAAGAUGAGAGCGCGAGGAGCAAAGACGACCGAUAUCGUAGUGUUGGUAGUGGCGGCAGAUGACGGUGUCAUGGACCAAACCAUCGAAAGUAUACGCUUUGCCAAGCAAGCUGAUGUUCCGUUUGUCGUUGCUAUCAACAAGUGUGACAAAGCCAACCUGCAAAUCGAACAAACCAAGCGACAGCUUUUAGAACACAACGUGAUUUUGGAAGAGUUCGGCGGGGACGUGCAGGCUGUGCAUAUAUCUGCGCUUAAGCAAACGAAUCUGAAUGCGCUGAACGACGCCAUUUUGGCUCAAGCAGCAGUGAUGGACCUGAAAGCUGAUUUUUCCGGUCUCGCCGAAGGCGUCAUAAUAGAAUCUAAAAGUGUUCCUGGUAAGGGGUAG